AUGGUGAAAGCGACCCUCGGGCCUGCGGUAGCCGCCGUAGCAACACUCCAGCACAACAGAGAUGAUUGGAAAGCGUUGACCAAUAUGCUCUCGUCUCUGUAUUGUGCUGGCAUUGAUCUUCGCUGGCACGAGUGUCACCGGGACUUUGCGGCGGCUCACAAAGUCUUGGAGCUGCCGGCAUACAAAUGGAACCUCAAGGAUUACUGGAUGCAAUAUAUCCAUAACUGGUCCUUGCGCAAGGGUGACCCGCCUCUCGUCGGCCCGUCGGUUGCACCGCUCGCAUCUACGACAAUUCACAAUGUGGUGGAGGAGAACAUGGAUGCCAUCACCGUGGAGUCAGAUAUGGCACGGGCUGAUUUCAAUCCUCUGGUACAAGACCAUGAGGUAGAUGGGGUUCCACUGUGUACACCGUCUGUCUACGCCGAUAUCGCGCUUACCGUUGGCAAAUAUCUGCUCCAGCGCUAUCACCCUGAGAUGGAAGACUGCCUGAUUGAUGUUUCGAACAUGACUGUCAUGAAGGCCCUCAUUGCAAAACUGGAGGGCCCCCAACCACUGCGCACAUUUGUGACGGUGGACUGGGCAGCUAAGAGAGCGAAGGGCCGGUUCUGUUCUUUUGACAAUAAGGGUCAGGCAACUGUGGAGCAUGCCAACUGCGAGAUCUACUUCACCGAUAGAUCUCGACUGGAGCAGCUGGAACAAACCGCUUACGAGAAAAAGGCACGGAUGGCGAGUAUGCGCAAGGACCUGGAGAAUGGCCCGACACAACGGUUACGUCUAGGACAGUGGCUAGGACCGAUCAACCUACCUACCAGUCGGAGUUGGGUAAUAUUACCACGCCUUCCUACCGCCGAAACGCCGGGAGAAUACCGAAAGGCCAGAAGAACUGAGUUCGAAGUUGUCAUGGAUAGCAACACUUUCGAGUGCGCCAGUCGGGUGAGUUUCAAGGGCGUUGAGACCCAGGGCACAUUCCACACCCACCCAGCUUACCUGGACGGUCUCACCCAAGCUGGUGGUUUUGUCAUGAACUGCAACCACAAUAAUGAUCUAGAUGUGGAAGUCUUCGUCGAUCAUGGAUGGGAGUCCUUGCAGGUCUAUGAGACUCUCAGUAAAGAACAGACCUAUUCAACCUUCUGUCAAAUGUCCGAGAGGGAUCAAAGAAAAUAUCAAGGGGACGUGACAGUAUUCGAUGAAAGCUGGAGGGUUCUCGCCAGCUACAAAGGUAUUGUGUUCCAAGGCGUUCCACGAAGGGUCCUCCGCUUCUUCUUGACCGUCGAAGGGGUCAAACCACCUCGUUGUCAGCCGCAACAGAAGGGAAACGCAGAACCAGCACGGUCCGCAGUAACAGUAUCCAAGCCUUCCAUGCCCUCGGUCCCCGCUGCCAGCACCAAGACCACAAGAGUCAAUGGCCCAGCCCCUGCCACCCGGUCAAAGCAUUCACUUGCUGAACCGGCUUUGAAGAUCAUCUCAGAAGAAAGCGGUGUCUCCCUGAGUGAUCUGACAGACGAUUCCGUUUUCUCUGACAUUGGGAUCGAUUCCCUUCUCUCCUUGGUCAUCACUAGCCGGUUCCGUGAGGAACUCAAUCUGGACAUAGAGUUUGAUGAUAUCUUUACCAGGUACACGUCCGUGAAGGAACUGAACAGCUUCCUCAGACAAUACGGCGGGGCGGAAGGACCAGCCCCUUCAGACAGCCUAUUUGAGCAGCCUCGUACCGUCAGGGAUGCGGUGCCCGAGACCCUUCGGCAAGCAUCUGAGUUUUCCGCCACGCAGCCCGUCGCCAUUCCCAGCCUGUACGUCGGCGCAGCCUUUGAUGCCGCCCUUGGUAUCAUCUCUGAAGAAAGCGGUAUGGCAGUCUCGCAGUUGACGGAUGACUGCGUAUUUUCCGACAUUGGCAUUGACUCGCUUUUGUCCCUUGUCAUCAUCAGCCGCUUUCGUGAGGAGCUGGACCUAGACAUCGACAUGGACUCCAUCUUUACCGACUAUCCGACGGAUGCCGCUGACCUGAAGGAGGAACAAGCUGCCGUGCUGGCAGCGACCUCCGUGCUCUUGCAGGGAAUUCCCAAGUUCGCCGAAAAGAUCUUGUUUCUUUUCCCCGACGGCGCUGGUUCGGCAACGUCAUACUCUGGAAUCCCACGGCUGGGGUCGAAUGUGGCGGUGAUCGGCCUCAACUCUCCCUACUACAAGAUCCCGGAGCUCUUCAAGUGCACACUGGACGCCCUUAUCGACACCUACAUCAAUGAGGUCCGCCGCCGCCAACCCAAAGGGCCGUACCACCUCGGGGAAGCGGUGCAAAAUCUCCUGCUGAUCGAUUCACCCGUGCCCAAAGGACUUGACAAGCUUCCCCAGCAUUUCUACGACUACUGCAACAAGCUGCAACUGUUUGGUCAGCCGACCACCUCAGGGUCUGAGCGCGCAGCCGCCAAAGCUCCAGCGUGGCUGGUCCCCCAUUUCAAUGCCACCAUCGACACGCUGCACGAGUACUUCGCUACGCCUCUUCCAGUCGGUAAGACUCCGCGCACGUCGAUCAUCUGGGCGUGUGAGAGUGUCAUGGACGGUAAGAAUAUCCCAAAAAUGCUUCCGCAUCCGGAUGAUACCGAAAGCAUGAAGUUCUUGACGGAGGCUCGCACCGACUUUUCUGCCAGCGGAUGGGAGGGUUUGUUUCCCGGUGGCACAAUCAUCUUAGAUCGAACGGAGGGGACAAACCAUUUCUCGAUGAUAAGAGGAGAACACGGGGCUAAGUUGGCGGAGUUCAUCGCCCAGGCUCUGGCAUGA